GUUCCAAUAUCACACCUCUAAAAUUUUACCUUAUCAAAUAGAUGCAUUGUUGGAGGAAACGCUUAGCCUAAGGGCAAUCUUCCACUUUGAUUAAACUCUGCCUUAACAUAAAGACAAACAGGAGUAACAGGGCAAUGGGGAAGUGCAGAGCAAUGAAGAAACGACCAAGAACAAUAAUUCCAGGAAGACUUGUUUUACAAAUGGCGUCUGUUGGUUCAACUCAUAAGAAGCAAAAGGCAAAAGUUGAUAUAAUCAGCAAGCUACCUGAUUCACUUAUAAGUCACAUUCUCUCUUUUCUCCCUACAGAAGAUGCAGUUCGUACAAGCGUGUUAUCGAAAAGAUGGAUAGAUUGCUGGACAUUAAUCAACAAGGUGGACUUAGAUGAAUAUCCCGAGAGGAAUCAACAACACUUUAUAAACUUUGUCUACAAGACACUUCUUCUUAUUAAAAAAGUGGAAAGUUUCACUCUUUUCAUCACUAACAAGUAUGAUGCAACUCUUGUUAAUGCAUGGAUUUCUUGCAUCCUGAAUCGGAGACCAAAAAAAAAUUGAUAUUGGUACAAUUUAUGAAAUCCCCUUCUCUGCUCUCACAUCUCACUCCCUUUUCAAUGAUACCUAUAAUUUAGAAGAAUUGGUACUCAAGAUGUGUGAUUGUGAUAUCAAAGUUCCUCCCAGCCGGGUUGGUUAUUUUAUUUUUGGAAACCUAAAAGUCAUCAAGCUGUGUGGAAUUAUAUUCACCAUUGAACAAUCUUUAGUUAUUCGUUUCUCAGUAUUGAAAAACUUUGAAAUGAAAAACUGCUCUUGGUUAAGUGCUCAUGAUGUAACUAUUGAAGCGCCUCUACUUGAAAAUGUUUUUAUAGAACAAGACUGCGAGUCGGCAAAUCGUGAGCCACGUAGCUGCAAAAUCAAAUUUACUGCUUCAUGUAUCAAGGAAUUCACUUAUUCCGGUUGUUGUGCAAUACCACAACCCAUUGUUCUGUCAAAUUCAUCUGCAGCUCGUAAUGCUUCCGUUACCAUCAUUUUGGAUAAUGAUUGGAGGGAUUUUGAAGAAACAAAUCGUCUAGUGUAUCAAAUUAAUCUGCAGCUCGUAAUCCUUCUCAAACAAUUCAGUGAAGUGAAGUGUAUCAAAUUUGAUGCAUCGGAGGUUCUUACACAACCAACUGUGGCUCUUCUAUCUAAAUUUGCAAUGCUGACCCAUUUGGAUCUUGGCUCUGUUAGUGGUGAAGUUUUGUUUGGCUUACUUCAAAAGUCACCGGUUCUCAAUACUCUAAUUUUCGAGGGAAUAUCAAAAUUCGACCAAGAUCUUCUGAAUUCUGCUGUUGUGCCGGAUUGUUUGGCAUCAACUCUCCAGGUUGUGGAAUUUGGAAUUGUCGAAGAAUUAGAGCCUAAUCUGUCUCUGGCUAAAUUUUUUAUGGAAAAUGGUAUGGUGCUUGAGAGGAUGAGUUUCUCUGCUGUAGGUUGAUGUGACGAAGAGUUGAUUGAAGAAUUUAAGGAGAAGUUGUACUCGUUUAAGGAAGCAUGUGGUUCAAAUAUACAAUGUUUCUUUUGAUUACAGUAUCAGAUGUUAAAGUCCGUACUAUGUUUCUUAUCUGUGAUUUUGUACCUGCAUGUAAUUAUCUACAAAUGGUGCCUUUUUUGGCAAAAUAUAUGUUGGUAAACUAAAAUUGGCUAAAUAUUUGAUUUAUGCUACGUUUUUGAGAUAACCCUCGAUCAUAUUUCUGAUCUA